UCUGGGCUCCGGUGGCCGCUGAUGGGAGGCGGCACCCGGGCGGGCGAGCGACGGCGCCGCGGCCACAAUGGGGAACAAGCAGACCAUCUUCACCGAAGAGCAGCUGGACAACUACCAGGCACAGAAGAGGCAGUGGAGAAUAUUGUAUGAAUGAAUGGAUGAAUGAAUACUUAUUAAAGCACAGCUCUCAGGAGGGAAAAGAACUCCAGGGAUUCUGAAGUCCUGAGUUCAAGUCAUGGCUGGGCCACAGAUGCUGUAGGCCUCGGUUCCUUGGUCCCACCCCACAGAGUUUCUGCUUCAGUAGGUCUGGAGAGGAGCUUGAGAAUCUGAAUUUCCACUGAGUCCCAGGUGAUGUUGAUGCUGCUGGUCCAGGAAACACACCUUGAGGACCAGUGCUGUGGACGGAUGACUGCACCUUCUUCAAUAAGAAGGACAUCCUCAAGCUCCAUGCACGGUUCUAUGAGCUGGCCCCCAACCUGGUCCCGAUGGACUACAGGAAGAGCCCCAUCGUCCACGUGCCCAUGAGCCUCAUCAUCCAAAUGCCGGAGCUCCGGGAGAACCCCUUCAAGGAAAGGAUCGUGGAGGCUUUUUCUGAGGAUGGGGAGGGGAACCUCACCUUCAACGACUUUGUGGACAUGUUUUCCGUGCUCUGCGAGUCAGCUCCCCGCGAGCUCAAGGCAAACUACGCCUUCAAGAUCUACGACUUCAACACCGACAAUUUCAUCUGCAAGGAGGACCUGGAGCUGACGCUGGCCCGGCUCACCAAGUCGGAGCUGGACGAGGAUGAGGUGGUGCUCGUGUGCGACAAGGUCAUCGAGGAGGCUGACCUGGACGGCGAUGGCAAGCUGGGCUUCGCCGACUUUGAGGACAUGAUCGCCAAGGCCCCUGACUUCCUCAGCACUUUCCACAUCCGGAUCUGAGGACAGUGCCAAGGUAGCAGGGGCCGAGAAGCCGGCCACCCAGCUCUGCUGCCUACAUGAGUGUGACCUCCAGGCUCCCCAGGAGAGGAGCUGUGGCCUCCGGGGUUUACACCCAAGAACAUUUCCUUGGCCCUUUGAGCAAAAAAUCCUUAACCAGGCAAGGGGGGAUGUGAGGAGCAGGGAACUUCCCAGUCCCCCUGUGGUCCCUUCACAAGCCCUCCCUCUGUCCCCUACCACCUUCCCAACACCCCAGUCCUCUCCCCGUCAGACAUGGCCCCACUGGGAGGGAAGGCAGGACACCUAACAGGGCCGGGCUGCUGACUUGCUCAAGUGCUGGGCAGGCGCCUGGCUGCCCAGGGCAAAGUGAAAAAAGAAAAAGAAGACAAGGGUUUAACGAGCUAUGCAAUCUUUCUCCAAAACCCACAGCUGGAGUACACCCCGGCCCCUCCUGUCCCUUCUCCCCUGAGCCUUCCCAAUGUGAAGCUGUGUAAGCAGUCGGUCCAAGGGCUCUGUCCCUGUCUCUGUCCAGGUCCUGAGCAUGGUUCAUACUCCAUAUGAACCACUCCAUCCACCUUCCCCAGCGACAUGGAAUCCUCACUGGUGUGUGCUGUCCACAGAUUUGUGAAUUCUGGUAGUAAAACACUUUCAUGUCA